CAAAAUGCAUGCUGGGAAGCACGCGUGUUUCCGGGCGGCAGCGUGUGAAAUACAUUGCGUUGGUAGAGACAGGAUACAUUCUGGCUGAACUUUAUCUGCGUUUGUUUAAAUAACCAGCUAUCGAUAUGGUGAAAUUAUCUGCCGAGCUAAUUGAGCAAGCGGCUCAGUAUACAAACCCUGUUCGAGACAGAGAACUGGAUCUACGAGGUUAUAAAAUACCCGUUCUUGAAAAUCUCGGUGCAACGCUGGACCAGUUUGAUACUAUCGACUUUUCUGACAAUGAAAUCCGAAAACUGGACGGCUUCCCCUUGCUGAAGAGACUGAAAACGCUCCUGAUGAAUAAUAAUAGAAUAUGUCGGAUAGGUGAAGGCCUUGAGCACACACUCCCCAGCUUGAAGGAGUUGGUACUCACAAACAACAACAUCCAGGAGCUGGGAGACUUGGAUCCUCUUGCUUCAAUAAAGACCUUAACCCUACUCAGCCUUUUAAGGAACCCCGUGACUAACAAGAGACAUUACAGACUUUAUGUGAUCAACAAAAUUCCUCAGAUACGUGUGCUAGAUUUCCAGAAGGUGAAACUGAAGGAGCGUCAGGAGGCGGAGAGAAUGUUCAAAGGCAAGCGAGGUGCACAGCUUGCAAAGGAUAUUGCCAAGCGAACAAAAACGUUCACCCCUGGUGCAGCGCUCCAAGCUGAGAAGAAGAAGGCUGGUCCAUCCCCAGCAGACGUUGAAGCCAUCAAGAACGCCAUUGCUAACGCAACAUCACUGGCCGAAGUCGAGAGGCUGAAAGGCCUACUGCAGUCUGGCCAAAUACCAGGGAGGGACGUGAAGCCUGGCCCUUCAGGUAUGGAAGAGGAGGAGGAGGAGGAAGAGGAAGAGGAAGAAAAUGAAAAUGAAAAUGAAAAUGAAGAGGAAGUUGUGCAGAUGGAGACGGUGGUCCAAAUGGAAGAGGAAGCUGCUGGUGGUGAGGUAGAAGAUGGAGGAGAGGAUGAAGAAGACGGGGGAGGAGAACACGAAGAAGAGGAAGAUGAGGAAGACGAUGAUGAGGAGGAGGAGGAGGAAGAGGAGGAGGAAGAGGAAAUGGAAGAAGGCGUUCCAGUUAAUGGAUCUGCAUAGCUGUGUACAAAGGUUAUUGGUCUAUGAUUGGGAAAUUUAAAUUUGUUUUUGUAACCAUUAUGUCUGGUAUGUGGCAUGUUUUUGUUUAAUUGUAAAAUAAAUUAACCUGCAUUAAACAGUUUUGUAUAUAAA